AUGCCGGCCCACAGCUCGUCUAGACAAGCUUCAUUAUCAGAGCAUGAUCGCUUGCUACCGUCAGAAGACUUCAACGACGUUGCAGCCGAUCUGCUUGCGUUUGAAAGCAGUAGUGGUUCCGAGUACGAUGACGUUGAUAUCGAUGGCGAAGCGGAGCGGGCUCUUGAUCAUCACCGGAUACCUUGGAUUCUCCAGCAAAAUCAGAUGCCGCCUUCACCUCAGCUAGAUUCCAGGCAAGAAUAUCAAUCAUGGCCUGAACAAGACGCACCGUCCAAACCAGCACUUCGAUUGCCGUUUUCCUGGAAUCCGGAGUGGUUCUUGAGUAGCGGCAAUGUGUUCUGGGGCUUUCAUCGACAGCGUCGCCGGCCUGCAUCCAGAUAUGGUACUCUCAACCAUUCUUUAUCUUGGCCGUCACCAGCGCAUUUCGCGCAGCAGCGUGAUACUUCGCGGCCUUUACGUCCUGUGGGAUUCAGGUCCCAAGGCAUGUUACGUCCAGCGCAAAGCCAAGACUCUUUACAGCAAGCAAGGCCGCUAUCUCCUGCUUUAAGCCGUCCUCGUGCUGCGUUGGAGCAUGCAUUCAGGCCGACAAGUAAAGUAAUCGACGAUCUACUCAAUCAUGGGCCCCGUCGCGUUUUGGUGCUUACCUGGAUUCCUGUCUUAUUAGUGCUGUGUUGGUGCGGGGUUCCUUUUCCAGCGCAUGGGAAUGAGCCUAUGAAAAAUGACGCUGCCUUUUGGUUCUUUUUGGUCUGGUACUUUGGCAUCUAUGUUGCCGUGGCCUUGGUUUUCAUAACGCAGCUUUUUACACUGUACCGCCUGAAUUGGUGGCCUCGUGCCAUCGGCGCUCGCGUCUCUUAUGCCUUUUUUUGGGUAAUGAGCUUGUUUUGUGGAUACAUUAUUCACAAGUGCACGCCAUCGCGUCCUCAAGACGAUCCCUCGUCGAUCGCGCGCCCGGAUAAUCAAGAGUGGCAGCUCAAGACAGAAUGGGUCUUACUCACGUUUGCUACCAUGUCCAUGCCCGCCUUGGUGUGUCUGAUGGGUCUUCGCCGCAGUGGGCGGCAACAUUAUCGCCCUGCUAUGACAGACGUACAAAAGCCUUUUGCAUCUAUCGCGGAAACAGCAUGGCGUAUACCAUCAUCGUAUCGCCGAUUCUUGUGGUUCAUGUGCAGCUUGGGUCUCUCCCUCGUAACACUCUUGGCAGGACAAGUCUACACCAUUGUGUUUAUGCGCACAUUGCCACAUAGUGGCGCGGACGGCACGCUUUACGUGGCGUUCUGGAUGCUCACAGUCCACAUUCUGAGCGCUCUGGUACAAUGGAUCAUGUCUGAAAAAGUACGCAGUCGAGCAUUGCUAUUUGCCUUCAAGUUCUACUACUUCUUGGUGUACUUCAUCUUUUAUCGGAAUCUCUUUGCCCGACUUCGCAGCUUUGACCAAUUUGCGCUAGUGCAGCUCUUGAGCUCUACCUGGGUAUGCCUGUGGUACCCUUUCUGCAUGUCGCAGACAUGGCUGCGUACUCUUAAUCUCUCCAGCUCACGUCCGAUAUCCCACGACAUGCAUGUGAAAAAAAUAAGCUUGUACUUUUAUCUGCGGACCGUGGCCCAGCACACCACGAUGCUGGCCUUUCUCGGUUGGCUCUCUCUACUUCAUUUUGGCAUCAAUCAACCACUAUAUCCAUUUUUUGCAUUCGACGACGACGAUUCGUAUAAUUAUCGACUCACUAUAAUUGGCUCCCUCGCCAUUUGGGCCUCGGAGAUGGCUUCUAAUUUCCUUACGACGCUGCUGUGCCGCGCUGUGUAUCGUGUGCAUAUGGCAGAUCUAGGUCUGACUGAGAUGCGGCUAUAUCCUGAGCUCGUACCAACGCUAGUAUGGAUAAGUCUUCAUGUGCUCAUGAAUAUGCUCUUUUUCUUGAUUAAACUUGACGUCACCUAG